UGCAUCGGGGAGGAGGAAGAGCUCAAAUAACCAGAGUCCUGGAAAUGCGCUGAUGAGGACUAUGAUUUAUGACCGCACUUGGUUCGCAUUCCCCGGGCUAUCUCUCUAUAAACCUCGGUGUUUAAUUAGGGCGGAGGAAUACAAUGGAAUAUUUUAAAGGAAUUAACGCAGGAGUGGUUGUUCCAAAUACGUCUUCUAUUUGUACCUCCUGAUUCAAAGGCUAGAUCGUCAGGAGUCUAGGUGGUGGUGGUGGUGUCCAUGGGACCCGUCAUGCCUCCCAGUAAGAAGCCUGAGGCGUCGGGCAUCAGCGUGGCUAGCGCCAGCCUCUCCCACCUCUACCAGGCCAGCUCGCUGCAGGAGGCAGAGGAACUCGAUCUGGCCUUCCCCGCCCCCUUGGCCCUCCCCUUGGCACCCCUCACCGACGGAGCCGCCAAGCCUGAGAAAGGCACCUCCACCCCAGGUAUGGAGGACGAGGAGUUGACCAACCUCAACUGGCUCCAUGAGAGCAAGAACCUGCUCAACAGCUUUGGAGACCCUGUCCUGCGCAGCGUCAGCCCCGUGGGGGGCGAAGGGGGUGUGGCCGGUAACCGCGGCGACGGGGACCACGACAACAUGCCGCCAUCGCCGAUAGCGGGCGGGGACCUGCCGUACGACGCCGAUCGGAACCCCAACUGUAAGCCUCCCUAUUCCUUCAGCUGCCUGAUCUUCAUGGCCAUUGAGGACGCUCCGUCCAAGAGGCUGCCGGUGAAGGAGAUAUACACCUGGAUCCUAGAACAAUUCUCCUACUUUGCCAAUGCUCCCACAGGCUGGAAGAACUCUGUCAGGCACAACCUGUCCCUCAAUAAGUGUUUCAAGAAGGUUGACAAGGACAGGAGCCAGAGCAUUGGGAAGGGGUCCUUAUGGUGUAUAGAUCCUGAGUACAGGCAGAAUUUGAUUCAGGCUUUGAAAAAGACACCUUACCACCCUCACGCCCAGGUCUUCUCAACGCCACCCACCUCUCCUCGGGCAUAUCAGAGCAUGUCCAGUCCUCCUCUAUGGCCAGGGAGUCCCUUCUUCAGAAGAAACGGAGGAGUCCUCCUACAAGUCCCCCAGGGAGUGAUCCAGAACGGAGCCAGAAUGAUGAGUCAUGGGCUGUACACGGGAAUACGACCACUACCCAUCAAUCCCAUAGGGAUCAGAACAGCUGAUGACAGGUCAGUGCUGUCCGGAGGCUGUCGGAAGCGUAGCGACAGCAAUCCCCCCUGUGACUCCCCAUUGGUCAGCAGCGACCCCAAGGAGGACCACACCUACAGCACUAACCAAUCGGAUGACGGCAGCGACUACACCAGUGACUCCAGUCUCCGCCCCAUUGCCCGUGACGUCGCCAACGAUUCAGACUUUGACUACGAGGACGACGAAGACGACAAGAGCAAGAUCCAGCUGGAGAUCAAGAAGGAGGAGCCGCGCGAUUGGCCUAUAGACACGUUAGACUCCACCCCUUCCAGCCAGCAGCACAACAAGAAGCGGCAUCACUUCUUGAAAGCCAAGCAGCGGAUGGGCAUGGCUAGCGACACCCUCCCGCUAAAAAAACGGCGCGCAGAAAAGCCGCCAGAGAGUGAUGACGAGGAGAUGAAGGAGGCGGCGGGUUCGCUGCUCCACUUGGCUGGCGUCCGGGCCUGCUUGAACAAUAUCACCAACAGAACCGCCAAGGGCCAGAAAGAACAGAAAGAACCCACAAAAAACUGACCACAGAAAGACAGAGAGAGAGAGAGAGAGAGAGCAGAGAGAGACAGACAGAGAGACAGACAGAGAGAGACACAGAGACACAGAGA